CUAAACCUAACUAAACCAUUCAACCAAGAUGACGAUGUUUUCCUACUCUUCCUCCAAGGUUGCCAUUUCCGCUUGCUUUGCACUUGUCAUCCUAUGUUUCAGGUCAAACGUGGCUUCAGCACAGAAGCACACUGCAUUCUUCAUCUUCGGCGACUCCUCAGUUGAUCCCGGUAACAAUAAUUACAUCGACACGAUCCCAGAAAAUCGAGCGAAUCACAAGCCUUAUGGUCAGAAUGGCUUCUUCAAGGAUCCCACCGGCCGGUUUUCUGACGGUCGGAUCAUCGUAGAUUUCAUAGCGGAAUAUGCUAAGUUGCCGUUGAUUCCUCCGUUCUUGGAGCCAUCCGCUGAUUACAGUCAUGGAGUUAACUUUGCGUCUGGUGGUGCUGGAAUUCUUUCUACUACUAAUGAGGGUCAGGCCAUUGACCUUAGUACACAGUUGAAGUACUUCGAAGAAGUUGAGAAAUGGUUGGCAGAGAAACUGGGAGCUUCGGAAGCAGAAGAAGUAAUAUCAAAUGCAGUCUACUUCUUUAGUAUGGGAAGCAACGAUUACUUGGGUGGUUAUCUUGGUAGUCCUAGGAUGCAAGAACUCCAUCAUCCUGAGCAGUAUGUGGGGAUGGUCAUAGGAAACUUGACAAUAGCAAUUCAAGAAUUGUACGAGAAAGGUGCAAGGAAAUUUGGGUUUCUGAGUUUAUGUCCUUUGGGGUGCCUGCCAGUUAUGAGAGCCCUGAAUCCUAAGGCAGGUGAAGGGGGCUGCUUUCAACAAGCCAAUUCACUUGCCUUAGCACAUAACAAUGCUCUCAAGACUCUCCUCAACAAUCUUCAUUACCUCCUCAAAGAUUUCAAGUAUUGCAACUCCGAUUUCUACAACUGGCUCCAAGAUCGAAUCAAUAAUCCCUCCGACUAUGAUUUGAAAGAAGGGGUGAAUGCUUGCUGUGGAUCAGGACCUUACGGAGGAGUCUACACAUGUGGAGGCACGAAGAAGGUGGCAACCUAUGAGUUAUGCGACAAUGCCAAUGACUAUGUAUGGUGGGAUUCGUUUCAUCCUACUGAAAGAAUUCAUGAACAGUUUGCAAAAGCUCUUUGGGACGGGCCACAAGCAUCUGUCGGGCCCCACAAUCUUCAAGAUCUCUUCUUCGACCAUGAGAUCGAGCUAACCAUUGGUGAUAUAGUUGAUAUCAUUACAGAAAACGAAGAGAUAGUUUGAUCAUAUAUAUUAUGGUUGACAAUCAGUCUGAUUAUUUGUCAAUUUGUCUUUUCGUCGAUCUGUUCGAUUUUGGUUUUUUCGCUAGAGAUAGUGGUAACUGAAAUAAAGGUACCACUAUAGACUUGUGAUUGUUGGAAUAUAACUGCAUUUUACCAUUAUAAAAAUAUUAAUAGGCAAAAAAUAUCUAUAAAUAAUAA